UUGAAGGGGACAUAUUCAGCUUCUAACUCCAUCUUGAACCAGGAUGAUGACAAUGGGAGAAUCAAUGCGGCUGUCCAAGUCACUUGAAAAUCUGGCCUCAGAUGAUAGGACACUGUCUCUUGCAGACAAGAACACAUUCUCUAAAUCAGUGGAUAAUCUGGAGGAUGACUUUAGUCUUCAGUCUGUUGACAAGACCUCUGUAGAUCUAAAUAAUUACUUUGAUGACAAUGAAGAGGGCACAGAUGAGGAAUCCAAAUCAGAGACCUUUGACACCAAUGAUCUAGCUUAUGAUGGGAAUGAAGAGUCAAACGGUUUAGGCAAUACUGAGUCAUCUUCGUCUCGUAUAACACGGACUGUAGAUUUAGCUGACCAAACAGACUGUGUAUCACUUGAACUGGAACCAAGGAAAAACUUGGAAACAUCUUUCUAUGAAUCAAAUUCCAAAUCUUCAUCUUCAAAACACGACAAUGUUAUGAAAAACAUGUUAGUUAUCCAUGGAAAAGAAAAGUCAGUGUUUGACAAGAACUGGGAAGAUGUCAAAAUUGACAAGGAUAUUCAAGUUUCAGUGAAUGAAUUCAUUAAAGGAUUUUUCGAACAUUAUUUAAAUGCAGCUUACAAUGAUGAGAAGAUUCUGCUCAUCAAAGCUUUACAUGAGCGUGCUCUUAAGGCAGAAAUUUCAAAAUGGUUGUGUGCAAAGCUACAGAUAGAACGAGAUGGUUGGUCACUGAAACUGAGGAUGGCCCUAAAGGAGGUUGAGGAGAACAGGAAGACAGCGCUGAAGGCAGCUGCAACGCUCCAGGACUGCAGCAGCCAGCUCCGCCUUCUGCUGGAGUGUUUCAGCAUCAGUGACUCACUGCUGGACUCAAUACCACACAGCAGCAGCAGGGAGGAAAUACAGAGAUCCUUGGAACUGUUGGUGGAGAUCUGUAAUGCCUUGAUGGAGGAUCGUUUCCAGUGCAUGCAGCUCCUGGACAUGGAGGAGGACCAGGAAGGGGGAGCGAUGCUGGCUGUGAGGCUACGUCAGCAACUACUGGCGCAGCAGCACUCAUGCAGACAUCAGGUGCAGGAGGCCAUGGAGAAAGCCAAGCAGGCAGAAUCAGAGAACCUGAAGCUGCUGAAGGAGGUGGUGAGGAUGAAGAAAGUGCUCGGACAGAAGCAGCAAGAUGUCGAAUGGCUGCGACAACAGAUGAUGGACAUCAAUGAAAUGGUAACGCCAAAAAAGGUAAAAAUGGUCGACAAAUCAACGUUAACAGAAACAGCUGCUGAUCAAACAAGACCAAAUAAAUCUCAGAGACCAUCAACUGAAAGUGUCAUUUCUCUACAAAAGACAUCCUCUAGCAAAACAAGCCAGAGACCAGCAACCGAGUCCCAGAUGCCCAAACAGGGCACAGACCCCUCUACAAUCCACAUAUCACAGGAGAAACUCCAUGCUCUGAAACAGAGAGCCAAGAAGCUGGAGGAUUCCCUCCAUGAUGCCAUAGCAAGUAUGGACAGACUGCGCAAAUCCACAGGGCCAGUGACUAACAGCCAUAACCUCAGCUUAGCACACGACACUGACCUGUCCCCUCUCAUACUGAAUGCAGAUGGACAGGCACCUUCAAGCAGACACACUGGCAGAAAAAGAACUGGCAAAAAGCUUCUUUUGAAGUGAAAGGAGCUCCAAAUGUUAUGACAACAAAAACUCUUAAUCUUCAUGCACCUAUCCCAAAACUGAAUCUUAAGCACUUAAAUAAAAAC